AUGGACUCUCUUCAUCCAUCAUCAGGUGGAAUUGACACAAAGUGAUCCCUUGCACGAGGGAGGAAUGGUUUAGGUCAUGCACACUCCACAUUUGGACCUCCGUGUGCUCGUCUCUCCCAAGUUUAGAUCCCUCAUUGGCCUCUCACCGUUGGCUUUUGUGUGGAGUGAUGAUCACUCCGCACAAUCGAGCCAGCCACUACCAUCAAAUUGGAUGGAUUGCCAGGUCGUCAUUCUCGCUGAUUUUUAACAAAUGGGAUCAUGUUCAGCAAGGACAACAAAUGCGCGUUAGUGUUCUAGGGUUAUCACACAUCAGGGCCUAUUAAUGAAUCUGUCGAGAAUGAGAAGGACAGGAAAGGCAUUUGUCACUCACUGGUUAGUGGUGAUUCGUGUUCCAGUGGUGGUCAACAGAUUGGUCAAGUCCGAAGCGGAUUAAUCAGCUCAAGGUUCGGGAUGGGCAUUUUGGCUAAAUGAUCGGAGAUGAAUGUUGCUGUGCGUCGUCUGACCACGACGACCGCAAGCCUGAAGAAUAGGCGUCGAGUACUCAGUGCAGUGCCUGUCUGGCACCGGGCAGGGAUUUGACUUGGACAGUGUGGCAUCAGCUCGUCUACUUACAGCGACGGGUGUUUUGUAGUAAAGAACAAUGGUUGAGCUGAACGGGGACGGUGAAUACUUCCAGUGAGGGAAAAGAGGAUUGUCCAAUCCUGUCCAGUAGGCAGCGCUUGCAGAACCAGACUCUAGUUCCCGGUGCAGAAGGUUGUGACUGCAUCUCGUCGUCGGCUGCUUUGAUUAGCUGUACAUUAUAAUGUAGACCAGUACUGGCAACGAAAGGAGAGACGGCGAUCUCUGAACUUUCAUGGAUGCUUGCGAAUUGAAUGGGCACCCUUGAGAUUUGUGGGAUCCGGCCCGAGUUUAAACUUCGGGCUUCAAGCUUCGGCUCCACCGGAGAAAUCCCUUCUCCUAUUCAUUCACGCCCGUUUGUCGCCUCAGGGAGAUUCGACAUGUCUGGUGUCAGUAGCUUGAGAUUUCUCGGAGCUUCAGCGGUGAGGAACAGGGCCCCUCAUACUGACAGGCUUGACGUCCUCUGGGGUAACUGCUUGUCAAAGAGUCCGUCUGGAAGACCGGGCUUUACAUGUGGUGGCAGUGGAUCUUCUUUAGAAGCUGUCGGAAUGUCUGGAGGCUGUAAGUCUUCAAGUUUUUCCGCAAAUGCAAGCAGCCGGCGGUUUCUCUAUUCGACUGCUUCUUUCCUGGGUAGCAUCAAUUACAAUAAGGUCCCCUGCUGCAGGUUUUCUGCAUUCAAUUGUACGAAGUAUCUUCGAGGACGUUAUGGCUGUAACUUCUCCAAUAUAGUCAGAAUACAGAAAAUGACUGCUAGUGCUGACUUUGAAUUGAGGAAAAGACCAGUGACACCAAAGGAGAAAAUCAACGUAAAAGCUGUCAACAAGAGUUCUGUAGUAUCCGCAAGUCUCAUACAUCCUCCGAGUCCUACUACUGACUCCAGGAUCAUUCACUCAACGGCCAUUGUGCAUCCAGAUGCAAUUAUUGGCGAGGGAGUGGAGAUUGGUGCGUUUUGUACUGUUGGACAGAAGGUGAAGCUGGGGAAUGGUUGCACUCUACACACUGGAAGCCAUAUCUUCGGCAAUACACAGCUGGGGGAAAACUGUGUUCUUCUGACUGGCGCAGUGGUUGGUGCAGAUAUACCGGGAAAAACUAUUAUUGGUGACCACAAUUUGAUUGGUUAUCAUGCUGUGGUCGGGGUGAAGUGUCAAGACAUGAAGUACAAGGAAGGUGAUGAAUGCCAUUUGUACAUUGGAAACAACAACGACAUCCGAGAGUUUGCCAGCAUUCACCGAUCUUCCAAACCAGACGAUAAUACUAUACUCGGUAAUGAUAAUCUCAUUAUGGGGUCUUGUCACAUCGCUCAUGACUGCAAGGUUGGAAAUCGUAAUAUUCUUGCAAAUGGCACACUUCUAGGUGGUCAUGUUGUGCUCGAGGACUUAGUGCACACUGGUGGGGCCGUGGCAGUCCAUCAGUUCUGUCACAUCGGAUCCUAUUCCUUUCUCGCUGGAGGUUCAAUGGUGGAUCGAGACAUUCCUAUGUUCAUGAUGGUUGCUGGGGAUAGAGCUGAGUUGCGAGGCUUGAACUUGGAAGGCAUGCGAAGAUGCGGCUUUUCUGACCUCGAGGUUCGGAGCAUCCGAAAAGCGUAUCAAAAAUUGUUUAUGAGCAGUGAUGAUUCUGGUGGCGUGGAGGACAGGCUGUCUGAGCUAGAACAAACGGACGAGUUUUUGGCAGUUCCAGCCGUGGGCAUGAUGUUGCAGUCCGUGCGAAAUUGUUUUGGAGAGACGCGUAGAGGAAUCUGUAGGUUCAGGCAUUGGAGUAGUGUUUGAUUGGUGCUGGUUGUGUCAUCUCGAGCUUAAGUGGUCAGACCAUGUGGCUCUGGGUUGUAAAAUUUGCUCAUAUUACAAAAUAUCUACGCUUAUUCUACCGAUAAGCACUUGCUUUCGUCUCCUCUCCUCACUUCUGCCGAA